AAACAUGCAUUUUGCUUAAGAAUUUCCAUUAUAUUGAAUAUGCUUUGUCUUCUUGACCUAUGACACCGAUUCUUGAGUAUAAAAUAUGCCCACAUCUCUCUUUUCUCUCUAGAUCUCUCUUGUUCUUUCUCAUGGAAUUUAAGAAAAAAAAUGUCCAACUUUUUGCUAUAUAAUCUUUGGUCUUAUUCUCAUGUGAAGACAUAAUGGAAUAUCUAUGAGUUAUAUUCCCAUUGAUCCCCCACUUCUUCUUCAAUAAAACCUCAACUCUUUACCAUCAAACUCUCAUCUUUUUUUUGGUCUAGACCUCAUUUCAUUUUCUCUGCGCAUCAAUGGAAGAUAUUCUAGAAGAAGAGGAGGAGCUUUUGAGUCUUAACCUGGCAAUCGUUACCGAUUAUUCGGCCGGCAACGUGCGGAAACGGAAGAGAUCGACGAUCAUAAAAGCACUUUUCGAUCCCAUGAAUGAUCAUUCUAACUAUGAAGAAGAAGGAAAAAUCUUCAAGUUACUUCAAAUGAGAGAAAAAAUGAUGAAACCACAUCCAGAUCAUAAAAGAAAAGGUACUUUAAUUGUUGAUGAUCAUGAUCAUGAUCAUCAAGCUGAUGAUCAUGGGAAAGGGCUCCACUUGAUUCAUUUGCUUCUUAUUACAGCAACUUCAGUUGAUGAUAAUAAUGUUACGACAGCUUUACAGAAUUUAACUGAAUUAUAUCAAAGUGUUUCUUUAACAGGAGAUUCUGUUCAAAGGGUUGUUGCUUAUUUUGCCGAUGGAUUGGCUGCUCGGCUUCUAACACGAAAAUCACCGUUUUUUGACAUGAUCAUGAAGAAUCCUACUAGUGAUGAAGAGUUUUUGGCUUUUACAAAUCUUUAUCGCGUCUCUCCGUACUAUCAAUUCGCUCAUUUCACUGCGAAUCAGGCGAUUCUUGAAGCUUUCGAAAAGGAAUUAGAAGAAGAAGAACAGAGUAAUAAUAAUAAUACUAAUAGUCGUGCAUUGCACGUUAUCGAUUUUGAUGUUUCCUACGGAUUUCAAUGGCCGUCUUUGAUACAGUCAUUGUCGGAGAAAGCGAGUAUUGCCAAUCGAAUUUCGCUUCGAAUAACGGGUUUUGGAAGAAAUUUAGAAGAAUUACAAGAAACUGAGAGUAGAUUAGUUAGCUUCUCCAAAGGGUUUCGAAACCUAGGGUUUGAAUUUCAAGGGUUAUUGAGAGGGUCAUCCAAGAAUUUGAUCACGAUGAUCAAUAACAUUAAUAAUCUAAAGAAAAAGAAGAAGAACGAAACGGUGGCAGUGAAUUUAGUUUUUCAUCUAAAUACUAAUUUAAUGAACGAAUUUUUGAAACUAUCCGACACAUUAAAAUCGAUACAUUCGCUUAACCCUUCGAUUGUUACAUUAGUCGAGCAAGAAGGUCACCGAAACACUCCAAGAAGUUUCUUAUCAAGAUUCAUGGAAUCGCUACAUUACUUCGCGGCCAUGUACGAUUCUCUAGACGACUGUCUUCCGUUAGACAGUUUAGAACGGUUAAACAUCGAGAAGAAUCAUCUUGGUAAAGAAAUCAAAGCGAUGCUUAACUACGAUGAAGAUGAUGUGAUCGGAAACUACGAGAAAAUGGAGAUGUUGAAAGGAAGAAUGGAGAGCCAUGGAUUUGGAGGGAUGAAAUUGAGUUCAAAAUCUUUGAUUCAAGCUAAGUUGCUUCUGAAAAUUAGAACAAAUCGUUGUCCUAUUGAUCAAUUUAAUGGAGAAAAUAGUACUUGUAGUGGAUUUAGGAUUUUUGAAAGAGAUGAUGCCAGAGCAAUUUCUUUAGGGUGGCAAGAUAGGAUCUUACUUACGGCCUCUGCAUGGCGUUGUGUAUGAUAUGCAAUUUACGAAUCAAAUUUUAUUCUAUA